CGCAAACCUCUUUGACCAUAUUACUCUUUUUUUUCCUCUGUGCCCUUUGCUUUCAUGGAUCCUCAAGAACUCAGACGCCGCGGAGGAGACGAAAACGUCGCUACCGCCACGGAGGAGACGGAGAAAAAGAACAACGAAGAUGUAAGCAAACGCGAUAAAAAGAAGGCGAUGGCCAAACGCGGCCUCAGAUCGCUUGCCGUGGCGGUCACUCUACCAGCGCUCCUCACUCUCCUGAUUAACUACUUCCUUGGCUCCGGCAACGGCUACGGAAAGGAUGGUCGACCCUCGUGGUUCCCGCCCUUAUGGGCCUUCCACGUCACGUGUCUAGGCGCGAGCUUUUUGAUGGGCCUCGCUGCAUGGCUCGUCUGGGUCGACGGUGGGUUUCACAGAAAACCCAUAGCUUUGUGCCUUUACUUGGGCCAGGCGUUGUUGAGUAUGGCUUGGGAUCCUAUUGUGUUUCGGGCCGGGUUGGGUUGGAUCGGGUUGGCAGUUUGGGCGGGCGAGAUGGCGGCGUUGUUUGGGUGUUACAGAGCGUUCAAAGGGGUCAAUCCGGUGGCGGGUGAUCUGGUAAAGCCGUGUUUGGCUUGGGCCGCGUUUGUGGCUGGCGGUUAGCUAUGAGUUGAGAUUUCCGACAAGUAAAUUGUGAUGUUUUUCGUUUCAUACACUGAUGUGCAUACGGGUUAUCUGCGUUCGGUGUUUGUGAUUAUAUAAAAUGAAGUAUGUACAACCACAUCCAAUGAGAAAGUUUUUACCAUAUAAAAACUGUAUGUAUAUAUUUAUACGAAAGCAUAAUGAUCA